AUGAGGAAGGACGAAUGUGAGAUGAAGAAAAAGAUCGAGAAAGAAUCGAUUGCUUUAUUUAAAAAGAAUUUAUUAAAAGAGAGUUAUAAAUGGUUUAAGGAUACUGAUUAUUUUGAAAAAUUAAAGAAUGAGAAUAAGUAUUCAAAUAUAGAAAAUAAGACAGAGACAAGAAAUAUAGUUACAGGUAGAUUACAAUUAGGAUGGGGUGGUACAUUUUUUUUAUUAUGUUGUGUUGUAGUAAUAUGUGAUAAUUCAGGUUGGCAAUCUUGUAAUCAUUAUAAUAAUAAUAUAUUUUAUUCUCCUGAAUCUUUAACUAUAGUAUAUUCUUUUUUAUAUAUAAUAUAUGGAGUUCCAUUAUUUAUAUUUCAUCAAUGUUUAGGUUUAAUAUCACAAGGUAAUUAUAUAAAAUCAUGUCGAUUGUUAUGUCGUCAUAUGAGUAUAUUAAGUUUAUUUUCUUUAUAUGGAACUAUAACAUUUUGUUCAAAAGAAAUAUGUAAUUUCUCUAUUGAAUUAUUACAGAAUAUUUUUAGAAUAUUUGAUAGAAAUGAAGAACAGAAAUAUGGUAUGACAAAAAUAUUUAUAGAUUUGUUACAUAGAAAUAUUGAUUGUAGUUAUAUUCCUAAUAGUUUAUAUGUUGAAUCUAUAGGACAAUGUAUAUCUUAUAAUGAUGAAGUAUUUGUAAAUUUCUAUGAAAAUAUAUGGUUUAUAAGUAAUAAUAAAAAUUAUAUUUAUUUAAUAAUAAUAAGUACAUUAUUUUUAAUAUUUUGUUAUUUUUUAUUAUUAAAAGAAAAUUUACGUGUUUUUAAAUUUUUUAUAUUUGUUAUCAUAAUUAAUUGGAUAACAACCAAAUCAGUUGUUAUUAUGAAUACAUUUUUUUUCUAUAUUCCUACUCAGAAUCAACAAAUAUAUCAAGAGAUAUUAUUAAUAUUUAAACAAGUAGGAUAUGUUAAAUUAACUAUUUUUUUAUAUGGAACACUAGCUAGAAGUUCAUCUAUAUUUAUAUUAAGUACAUUCGCAUCUUACUUUAAUAUAAAUACAAAUAUAUUUAAAAUUAGUAUAUAUACAUUUGCUUUUUAUAUAUUAAAUAUGUAUUUUUAUUUAAAAAAUGAAGCUUAUGAAUAUUUUCUAUAUAAUAAAAGUCUUAAUCAUAAUAAUACCGAUGAAUUCAAUUUUAUUAAAUGUAAUACAUAUAUUAAUAUGUUACAUCAAAUAAAUAAACAAAACGAUAACAAUCAUUUUUUUCAUUUAUAUAAAUAUAAACAAAAAUAUGCUGUGUGGCAAAAAUUAUGUUUAUUCUUUAGUACCUAUUCUUUUCUUUUCUCAACUAUAUUUAUUGUAUUAAUGCAGUUAUUAGGCCCAUUCAAUAUUAUAAAUGAAAUUAUUUCUACAAGUAGUAAACGCCACCAAAAGGAUACAAAAAUUUAUAGUUACAAGUCGUUGGUAAAGAGGUAUGAAAAGUAUGACUUGCACGAUUCUCUAUCAACAAUUAUGAAAGGUGUAAGUGAAGAUAAACAUAAAAAUCAAAAUAUAGGAGAAGAUAAACAUAAAGAUCAAAAUAUAGGAGAAGAUAAAUAUAAAGAUCAAAAUAUAGGAGAAGAUAAAUAUAAAGAUCAAAAUAUAGGAGAAGAUAAAUAUAGAGGUACAGGUAACCAUACAAAGAAAUAUACUCAUAAUUAUAAUACACUCGAAAAAAAUUAUCAUAGUACCUAUGACAAAUCAGAUGAACAAUAUGAUUUACACAAUAUGUCUAAUCAUAUAAAUUCUAAACGAUCAUCUUCUUAUAAAAAUGACAGCACAUCCCUUUCUUCCUCAUCACAUGAUAAUACUAUGGAUAUAAUAAAAUAUGAUCAUCCAAAAAAACAAACACAUAAUGAAAAAAAUAAAAAUUAUAGUUGUAGUAGCCAUAACAGUAAUGAUAAGGUCAAUGAUUAUAAUCAUACUUAUAAAAUGAGAAAAAAAAAUAUAAAAGAUAUAUCCAAUAAAAUCAAUGGAAUGAAUAAGGAAAUGAUUCUUAAAAAAAAAGAACAAAAAAAAAUUGUCCUUCAGAAUAAUUUUAUAAGGAUAAAAAAAUAUGGGAACUUUUUAUUAUUCUUUAUUAUUUAUAUAUUUACUAUAUUACAUAUAAUAGAUUUUAAAAGAAAUAAUAAUAUUAUAAGUGAAAUAAUUUUAUAUUCUAUGUAUAGAAGUUUUUUAAUACUUAUUAUAUCAUGUCAAAUAAUUUAUUCUUCAUGGAUUUUUGGAUUAAGACUUCAAUGUAGUCAAUGUGGAAUUUUUGCAUGCUUAUUACAUUUUAUAACAUGGAUCAUAAUAUUACCAGGAAUAUAUUUAAUAUAUAUGAAUAAAAAUUAUUUUUUACAUAUAAUUAUCAUAGGAAUUCUUUUAAAUAUAAUUACUAUAUUUAUUUCAUAUAUUGAAGUUAUAAAUAAAUUAAAAAAAAAUAAACUUAAAAUAACACAUAGGAAUAAUAAUAUAAAUACAAAGUAUAAAAAAAUAUUAUAUCAAUAUGAUAAAAUAAAUAUUUUAAAAAAAUGUAUUUAUUGGCUUUAUAUAGGAAAUAUAGAUAUAUUAAGAAAAAAUAUGAAUAUAGCUAUAUCAGGAAAUGAAAAAAAAUAUAUACCUUUUUUUUGGGUUAUAUUCUUUAAAUAUAUUAAUUCCUCAAUGUUAAUAGUAAUCAUAAUUGUUAACACAAAAGAAUAUUUUAUAAAUAUGCUACAUAUUUUUGACACUUCCUUUAGUUUCAAUAUAGAGCUUAUAAUGAUUGUUAUCAUCUUCAUAGUUGCUUUUUUUUGGUUCUUAAAAAAUAUUUUCACAGAUAAUCAUAAUCAACAAAAUAUUAUAAUACCACCUAUUCCUAUGGUUUGCCAGGAUAAAAAGAGAUACAUUUUUUAUGAAUAA